AUGGAGGACGAGUUGGAAGAUAAGAUACUGUAUCAAACGUUGUCCAAGUCGCACAUGAAGCUGCUCUCGAAGUUUGCAGUCGGCGUUACGCCGCUCAACAGCUCGCUCAGCUACGUCUGGAAAGUGAUGCGGGUGUACCUGUUAAAGCCGGAGGUGCUCAUCGCCGGUCUGCUGAUUUGUCUGUUCGUCCUGUAUCUGCAAGCAGCCGAAGUAUGGAGCCGCGGUUUCAUCGGACGCAUCAGCAACUCGCUCGGUCUGGGCGGGAAGGCUGGCGGACGGUCCGGGAAGCUUUCGAUGCUGGCCUCAGCUGCGGAAAAGAACAGCUGGGAGGAGCGCACCACCGGAAGCGCCGUAUACGCCGUCCAAGGCCGUCGGGCAAAGAUGGAAGACAGAUUUGUGAUAAGUGAAAACAUUAACAGCAGCGGCAUUUCCCUGUUUGCGAUCUUCGAUGGGCACGGUGGUGAAUAUGCAGCGGAAUACGCCAAGAACGUACUGAUAAAGAACAUUCACCAGAAGCUGAUGCAAUCAUCGGCCAUAGCUGAUGGGAAGGAACCGCCAGCACCAAAGUCGGGGCAUUGUGCUGAUGUGCAGGAAGAGAAGGCUGACGAUGAGAAAGACACGGAAAAGAGCUCAGACAAGGAGCAGGAAGUAAAUGAGCGGUACAAGCUGAACGCGCACAACGGUAAUGAUGAUGUUUCGGCAACCGUACAACGGCGACAAAGCUUUCGCAAAUCAAAGACUGAGGAUACGGUCGGUACCGGUGGCGGAGGCACAGGCGGUAGCAAUGGAGGUGGUGGUGGCCCAGCAGUCAGCAGUAAUCAGAUGCUGGAGAAUGAUCUGCUGAGCAAGUACAUGGGCAAUCAGUCGCCGGCAAGGCAACAGGUGAAAAAGAACCUCCUGAACGGUACAUCGGGCAGUGGGCCUGCGCCGGUGAAACCGAAAACGUACGAUGCACGGUGCUACGUACAAAAUGGAAGCAUUAACUUUGGCAAGAUCAUCACUGAUGAGGUGCUGGCAGCUGAUUAUGAUCUUGUUGAGGCGGCGAAAAAACUGUCGGACUUUGCCGGAACGACCGCCCUGAUUGCCGUCAUUCAUCGCAGCAAGCUGAUAGUGGCCAACGUCGGCGAUUCGCGUGGAGUGAUGUGUGACUACAAGGGUAACGCGAUCCCAUUGUCUUUCGAUCACAAACCGCAGCAGGUACGGGAGCAGAAACGCAUUGCCGAUGCCGGUGGAUUCAUCGCGUUCAAGGGUGUGUGGCGAGUGGCAGGCAUUCUGGCCACAUCGCGCGCCCUUGGAGACUAUCCGCUGAAGGAAAAAAAUUUGGUUAUUGCCAAUCCGGACGUCCUUUCGUUUGAUUUAAUCGAUCACAGGCCCCAAUUUCUAAUCCUUGCCUCCGAUGGGCUUUGGGAUACGUUUACGAACGAGGAAGCGGUUGCGUUCGUUAGGGAACGGUUGGAUGAACCGCAUUUUGGAGCGAAAAGUAUCGCACUACAAUCGUACAACCGUGGCUCGGUGGACAAUAUCACGGUGCUUGUGAUCGUGCUCAAGAACGGUCGGUACGAGAUUGGUUCAUCGAGUAACUAG